ACUCUGUCAGUUCGUAGUCGCAUAGUCGUAGUCGGUGUAUUGGUGGGCUACAAACUGGAGGUUGUGUUAUUGUGUCAUGGCUAACUUUACAGCUUAAGUUAGUGUUCGUUUCAUCCUCUGGAAGUUAAUUUAUCAUCUAAUAUGCCGUCUGGGAGGGAAAAGAGGUCCUCCGCAGCUGAAAAUUUUGUGAAGGAGAAGAAGGAACAAGAGGUGAAGGACCUCAAAGAGAAGGGAGAAGUGCAGCAUGUGAGCACGUUCAGACAGGCACUGCCACAGGUUUUGGCAAGUACCGCAAAGAAUCUGAUUCUGCUAGACCUCGGCAUGACAGUAGCAUUCCCAACGAUUGUGAUUCCUGUGUUACUCAACGCCAAAACUGGUCUAUCUUUCACAACUUCUCAAGCUUCAUGGUUCGGUAGCAUAGGCUUCAUUUGCCAGCCCCUAGGUAGUGUUCUGUCUGGCAUAGUUCUGGAGCCUCUAGGACGCAAAUACUCCAUGCUACUGGUCAACGUUCCUCACAUCAUCGGAUGGUACCUCUUCUACAGUGCAAGCUCUCUCUUUACCAUGUUCACUGCCAUCAUCAUCAUGGGUUUGGGUGUGGGAUUCAUGGAGGCUCCGAUCAUUACGUAUGUAGGAGAGAUCUCCGAGCCCAGGUUCAGAGGAAUGCUAACAUCCUACGCUGGUAUCUUUGUGUCUCUCGGGUUCGUAGUGAUCUACGCAAUGGGCAACUUCACAGACUGGCAUCAUGUUGCGGCUAUCAGCUGUACCAUUCCUGUCAUCACCAUUAUUGCCAUUUCUCAGGUGCCAGAGACGCCGCUGUGGCUGCUGUCUCGAGGCAGGCUGGAGGAAGCUGAGAAAGCUUUGUGUUGGCUUCGAGGCUGGGUGGAACCGAGGAACAUUCGUGCGGAGCUGCUGGAAAUGAUCCGCUACAGCGAGGCGUCCCAGCUACGGAAGUCCGGGACUCUUGAGAAGGCUGCGUACACCAACGAUGUCAGCAUAGACGAUGAGGGCAAAACUGUGACUUUGACAUCCAAUGGAGUAGCUCUCAAAAACGAAAAGUCCGGUAAAAGUGAGUUCGUAACCGUUGACUUGACUCAACCAGACUCAAAGAGUAACAACAAUGCUGAAAACUGUGUGAAGUUUGCGAGUGUCGGGGAACACGAGACAGACUGGAAAGUGAGAAUGAAAGACCUUGUGAGACCUGAGAUGUUGAGGCCGCUGGGACUCGUCAUCGGUUUCUUCUUCUUCUUGAACGCAUCUGGCAUUGCAGCGAUGAGACCCUACUUUGUGAAAGUUUUUGAAAAACUGAAGUUUCCAAUAACACCACUUCAUGCUACAGUGCUAUUUUCUGUGAUCCAGUUCACAGCCAACAUCCUGUGCAUGGUGAGUGUGCGGUGGACAGGCAAACGCCCAAUGGCGCUGAUAUCCCUGACGGCCUGCGCCAUUGCUACCACCACAACAGCUCUGUAUACCUUCUUCACAGAUCCAGCCGACAGAUCUGGAUGGUUGCCGUUCAUCAUGUUGCUCAUACUCCAGUUCUUCACUGGCUACGGAGUCGCACCAGUACCUUGGAUGCUCGUCAGUGAAGUGUUUCCUUUUAGAGGGCGUAGUCUGGCCAGUGGCGUAGCAGCAGCAGCCUCGUAUAUUCUAGGCUUUGUCGCCACCAAGACGUUCCUCAGCCUGGAGGCUAGCCUCACGCUAGGAGGAGUGUUCCUCACUUACGGCCUCCUCACCUUCCUUGGUGCGGCGUUCCUCUACUACUCCAUGGUAGAGACCGAGGGCAGGUCCCUGGAGCAGAUAGAGCAAGACUACAAGAAGAAAAUCAACUCAUGACAACGUAAAUACUCAGUGAUAUUAGUUUGCCUAGUGUAAGAUAUUUUUGUACAGCUAUUUAUUUUUAUAAGAAUUAUUUUUGA